CCGUUUGAUGGUCUCUCACAGUUUUCAGAAUUCUUUGUUGAUCAUGGCCUUUGAAUUUUGCAUCAUUGCUACAUUUCCCCUCACUUACGUCAAUCACACUGGGUAUUGUGUAGGGAGGUGUUGGAGUGUUUCAAGAGACGAGAGCUGCUCCAGUGGACGGAGUUCUUGGUCAAGUAUGAGGAGGUGCUGAGGGAGGGCAUGCCCGACUGCUCCGCCACUGAAGUGUUUGUGUAGUGACCAAGCUCAGAGCGGGAAACGACCAGUGUGGGAGGACUCGCAGGAAGAGCGGUCAUCGAACAGUAACCUUAGGGUGGUGGCCCAGUACUACACCAGGAUUACCAUGCAGAGACUGUCAGAGCUAAUCUCACUCUCCAUGGAGGAAUCAGAAGAGUUCUUGACUCAAUUGGUCAUCAGGAAGACAAUCUACGCCCGCAUCGACAGGCCAGCUGGGGUCGUGAACUUUCGAGAGGUCAAGGACCCUAACGAGGUCCUGAAUGAGUGUUCCCGCAAUCUCAGCUCUCUAAUGGCUCUGGUCAGCAAGACCACUCACCUCAUCAACAAGGAGGAGAUGAUCCACUCCAUCAAGUUGUAGAACUCCAUGCCAGUAGAAUUUGUGUGUAAAUGUAUACCACAUACCGUACUGUGUAGUUUGGCAUUCUUAUUAUGUUUUACUGUGUU